AUUUCGGGAUUGUCUAUGCUGUAUUUGGGUUCUUAUAAAGCAUCAUCGCGACCAUGAAAUAGCACACAUUCACCGAGUAACUUACCACUUGAAAUUGCAGCGUAUAAGCUAAAGUUUUGGCCUCAAUGGGUAAUUUGCGUGCCGAAGUCCAACGUCCCGGUGUUCGCAAAGGUGCAUGGACUGAAGAGGAGGACAGGCUUCUAAGGAAGUGCAUUGAGAUAUAUGGCGAAGGGAACUGGCGCCAUGUUCCCGAAAGGGCAGGCCUCAGAAGGUGCCGAAAGAGCUGCCGAUUGCGUUGGUUGAACUAUCUCUGCCCCAGGAUCAACAGGGAGAAAUUUUCUGAGGAAGAAACAGAUCUUAUCAUUAGGCUUCAUAAGAUCUUGGGCAACAGGUGGUCAACAAUUGCAGGUAGGCUUCCAGGCAGGACAGCAAAUGACAUCAAGAACUACUGGAAUUCUCAGCUGAGCAAGAAAGUAGAAGUUGAAAACAAGAAGGCGGAGCCCAGUGCUGAUGCCAAAGUAAUUAAGCCACAGCCAUGGAGAGUACCGUUGCAGUGGAUUUGGUCAGGAGAUCAACAAUCAUGUGGAAGUCAGCACCAGCAAGAAAAGUUUGGCAUACCAGUGUUAGAAUAAUUUCAAAAUAUGGGCUUACACUAAUUGCGUAUUUUUAUUUUAUAAAACGGGUUAGACGUAUGGCUCAGAAUGGUACUAUGGUUAAGCCCAAUAUGAUGUGUGAUUAUUUUAUUUUAUGGGCUUUAGUGCAUCUUGGAUGUAUAGGAUUGAGUCCUAUUUAAUGUGGUAAUUUUAGUAUGUAGGCCAGGAAACCCAAUUAGGAUUUUGGAGCCUUUAAUGGGAAAGCUCUCUUAUAUUUCCUAUAUAAUGGCUAGGUCCCCCUCUCCUCUCCAUAUGGUUGAUAGCUUGCCCCAUUUACGGCUAUCUUUUAUGAGGAGCAAGGAAGGGAAGAUCCAGCCGCUAUUAUUCCAGGUGAUUGAAGAACGUAUUCAAUAUGUCUUCUGCAGGUAUAUCUCUCAAACUUGAAUACUGUAUUAUUGUGAUUCUGAAUCUUAGCAUGUUAUCAUUUUUAUAAUUAACAUUUGGUUAA